AUAUAACAGAAAUUUCAAUAAAGAUUAUACAUUAGAAAAAAAUAAAAUGAUUGAAAAAUCAUUUCUUCUUACAUUUUUUGUUUUGACGAUAUUUUUGUUUAUCAAUACAUCCAGUGCACAAAACUGGCAAGAGGAUAGGUGUUACUUGAGCAAUAAUCAAGGCCGAUGUAUAAACAUUCGUCAAUGUCCACCUAUGAUAGAGCUUUUACGACUAUCUUCAACAUUUCCCGAAAAUAUCCAAACCCUUAGAGCAGCUCAAUGUGGUUUCGAAGGCCGAGAUCCCAAAGUUUGUUGUGUCUUAAAUAACUUAUCACCAAUUCAACCGCCAGCUACAACAGAAUUUUACGAUGUCUCCAACGAUAGUGGCAAUAUUAAUUCACGCAAUAGUUUACUACCGCGGGACUGUGGACGAGAUCUUUCUGUGAGGAUUUUUGGAGGUGAACGUGCAGACAUUGAUGAAUUUCCAUGGAUGGCUCUGUUGGAAUACCAAAAACCAAACGGAAGAACAACAGCAUGCGGAGGAGUAUUGAUUAGCAAUCGAUACGUUCUGACUGCAGCCCACUGCAUAAAAGGAAAAGAUUUACCAAAAAGUUGGCGUCUUCUUGGAGUCAGAUUGGGUGAAUAUAAUACAGCAACAGAUCCGGAUUGUAUCCCAGACUUAGGCAAUACUGAAAUUUGCGCCCCACCGGUAGUUAGUAUUGGAGUAGAAGAGCAAAUAGCUCAUGAAGAUUAUAGACCAACAGCCAGAGAUCAACAAAAUGAUAUAGCUUUACUGAGAUUGUCUACACCCGUAACGUUUACUGACUACAUUAAACCUGUUUGUUUGCCAAACAAUGCAAGUCUAUCUCAGCGUCUGUGGGUAGCUGGGUGGGGAAAGACGGAAACCAGAAGUGAAUCUGACUUUAAAUUAAAACUCUCAGUUCCUAUCGCUGAUCGCCAGGAAUGUCUAGCACGGUAUGGAAAUUCAGCAAUAGCUCUUUCAGAAAAUCAAAUUUGUGCUGGUGGCCAGCGAGGAAAGGAUUCAUGUAGAGGUGAUUCCGGUGGCCCUCUCAUGUCUGUUGAAAGGGGCAUGGAUGGUACUGGAAGAUGGACAACCGUUGGUAUUGUUUCUUUCGGUCCCUCUCCAUGUGGUAUGCAAGGUUGGCCAGGAAUUUAUACCAAAGUUUCCCAUUACACCGAUUGGAUUUUACGUAAUAUGAGACUUUAAAGUUGACUUUUUUUUUUAUUAUUAUAUGAACAGUCUAAAGAUUUUAUAAUUAAAAGACCUAAUUUGACGACGAUAAAAAUAACCAGCAUGAAGUCAUCAUGCGCAUCUAAACUCAUAAAUUAUAAGUAGUUAAAUGUUUUAUUAUUCUUUUU